CAGUUAAAUUGGAAACCACUAGGGACACAACACCGGCAGCCUGACACUUUUAUUGAGCCAGUCUGUGACAGUGUCAUCAGCUCUAGCUUACUGUAGCCAACUUAAAGCUACGUCUUAUUCAGCUAAUGCUAACAGCAGUUCUAGCUAAUGUUACGUCUGUCUGUCUGUGAUAGAUCUGUGAUAGAUCUGUGAUACGUGACUAAACAUCACACCGAGAAACCCUGCGUCAGGUCAGUUCAACUUUAACACACUGAGCUCUGCACAGAUAGUCUGCAAGUAAAGGAAACGCUCUCUGAAGUUCACCUAACGUUACACUUCAUUGAAGCAUAGUGCAAACUAAAGGAAGAGCUACUGAGCCUUCGGACCUGAAGAUGACAUCCAAGAAGGUGAUCGAGGUGUUCUACGAUGUGGUCUCUCCUUAUUCUUGGCUUGGCUUUGAGGUCAUGUGUCGCUACAGACAUGUGUGGAAUAUAGAGCUCAAACUUCGCCCUGCUUUUCUGGGUGGCAUCAUGCAAGGAGCAGGGAACAAGCCUCCUGGUCUGGUUCCAAACAAAUUCAUGUACAUGAAGAAGGACCUAACCCGCUUGUCAGAGUAUUUUGGUGUUCCCUUGCAAAAGCCAUCCGAACCCUUUGAGGCCAUGUUCCAAAAAGGUAUAUACGAGCAACACCCUCGUUUGCGCUCCUUGUCUGCAAUGCGAUUUGUGACAGCAGUACAGGAGAGGGAGAAGGGUGGAGACAAACAGGUGGAGCAGGUGUCCCGGGAGCUGUGGAGAAGGAUCUGGACUGAGGACAAAGACAUCACUGAACCUGCGUCACUAGCUGAGGCAGCGAUGAAAGCAGGACUGUCUGACAGCGACAUUGAAGAGGCGCUGAAGCUGUACACCUCGAAGGAGAUCAAAGACAAGCUGAAAAAUGCAACACAGGAUGCACUUAAUCAUGGGGCAUUUGGGUUCCCCAUGGUGGUGUGUCACAUAAAUGGAAAGCCAGAGAUGUUUUUUGGGUCUGACAGAUUUGAGCUCAUGGCACACUGCAUCGGGGAGAAGUGGCUGGGACCUCAGCCCAACAAAUCAGCUGCCAAGUUGUGAGAGACAAAGCUGCCUUCAGACACUACUGACAAGAUGUCCAAGGUGUGACCCUCCUCUUUCCCAAUGAGAGCUGGGAUACGCUCCACCCACUGGGAACACUAAACAGGAUGUGGGUAUUGAUAAUGGAUGGAUGGAUGGAUUAACCUUUUGUUAUGAAAUGCCGCUUAAUACUUCCAGGGGGAAAUAUUUUACUUUUUAAUUACAUUACCUACACCACUUAUUAGACAGCUCCAGUUACUAGUUUAUUUUCAGAUUAAGAUUUUGCAUAAAAAUGGGUAAGACUAUGAAAUACUUAGCAUUUAUAUAUUCAGCCAGUGGGUCUCAAUCUUUUUGGCUUGUGGCCCUCAGAAAAAUGGUGUCUGAUUGGGGCCCCUUGUCAUUUUUUAUUUUUUAGCAGUUCCAUCAAAAAAAACAUUUCACUUUAAAACUGCACAGAUAGUUUUUUUUUUUUUAAAUGAACGUUUAUUUUGACUUAUUUAAGCUUCAAACACUUGUGUUUGAAACUUAAUGAGGUCAAAUUCUCCAGUACUUAAUGGAUAAAUCAGGUUUGAGAAAACUCUACAAAAUGAAAAAUCUGUGUAGCAGAACUUUGUUCUUUAUUCUUUCCUCUCCCAUUCAUCCUCUCAUGACCCCUCAGAUUUAUCGUGUGACCCUUUUGAUAGGUCAAAAAUGGGAACCACUGGACUAAACUCAAUAGAUAUAAUUACAGUUUUUCUAAAUUGUUUACACACAAAUACUGGUACUUGAGACACAAUGACCACAACAUGUAACUCAUGCACCAACCCCCUGAACCAAUUCUGCUGAACUACAAGCACAAUUCCUGCUUCACGCUCAAAUUGCAGUUCUAAAACACAUUUUUUUCAAAACACUACACACAAUUCUCUGCAUUUGGCACAAUUUUCAUGAAGAAAAUCUCUUGUUUUCACAAAGAACACACUGUCAUUCAAAAUUCUAAAGUUAAUUGCCCUACUAUGCACACUGACUCAUCACAUGGGCAAACACCUGUCACACAGUUUUACAAUUAGCAAUCAGAGCUUUAGCAUAAAGGGCAACAGGUGAGCUUUUCUGUUUUGGAGCAAUGGAUGCCAACACUGGAAACAGAGGCAGAGCCAGAGCCAGAGGAGUGAGAGUAAGAGGAGGAGGACGGGGAGGACGAAGGAAGGCCAAGGACCCUAAUCUCUGAUGAGAUCCGAGCCGCUUUUUCUGCCUGGAGAUGGAAAGUGUAUGACCGAAAUCCACAAACGCGUAUACCCCUUCUCUAAGCUAUGGUAGAUGCAUGUGGAGAUAUAGCAGUUUAUGCUUUUCAUGGCUGGAUUUGCCAUGCUAGGCAAUAUUUCCCCCACUGCUUGGCCAGGGAAAACAUUGCUUGUGAUGUGGAUGAGGUGCUGUGUCCAAACUGAAACAGAAGAGAGGAUGCAGCAUAGUUUUGUUUUUUUUACUGUAACUGUAUACAGUAAAUUCUUCUGUUGUUUUGUAUGUAGACCACUGUAUGUGCAGCUUUGUGUUGGUUGGAAUGUACACUGUGUACAUUGUUUUUGUGGGAAAAAUAAAAUAUAUUUGUUACCGUGUA